AUAUAUAGUAGUAGUAUGUACGAAGUAGCUAGUAUAUAAGGUGCAUGUAUGUAUAUGAUAAGGGUCUUGGUUUGUCUUCUCCGCAUGCUUCAUUGUCUAUUUAUGCAUGAUUCUUGCCACAUGUCCUUCAUGCAUUAUCAUCAUUUUUGUUUGAUACGGAGGCAUCCAGCCGCUAGAGCUCUUCUCUUCGCUCUCGGAAUUCCUGAGGUGUGGCUGCCGGAGUUGUUUGGCUCUGUUUUCGUGGAUUCUACCUCGCGCGAAGAAGAACACCGAGGACCGCAGGUCUGCAGGGGUGCGGCGAAACUAUACCGAGAAGGCAACAAUUUUCGUAGCGUGGUGGCUGUAGAAUGACGCACGAGGUUCGAAGGUUAGGUCGUUGAAUCAGAAGAGAGAAUAAAAUUAAGCAGUAAUUGUCUGAUAAUCGCACGUAGCGGGGGUGAAUUUUAUUGGAACAGAUCUGGUUUCGAUCUCGUCUGUGUUAGGUGGCGACAAAGGAUGUUUGGUAGAGAACCUGAUGAAUAAGAGGCAGCGUGAGGAAGAAGCUUCGUUACUGCUUAUUUUUCUGUUGUUUACUUUUAUUAUUGUAAGACUCUUGCAUUAGGAUUAUGUGAGGUUUGGUUUGCUUCAAUCGUCUGUGGCACAUGUUUGCCCAUUAAUGGAUCAACGAGUUAUAUUGCUUGUUUGAAGUCUGAGUCUGGUUCGCGGGCUGACAGUUGCAUGUGGUUCCUUACUUUUUUUACUCCCAUUCUGAAUGCUAAUGCUUUGAUAUCAAAUUAAG